AGGAAAGAAAAUCAAUAAUGGAGCAUACCAUGAUAAUGUAAGCAUGUUUUCUACUUGUAGAUAAGUCAGGAUAGCUUACAAAUAUUUAAUAAAUUAUUAUUUUAUAAGUACUUGUUCAAAGUACUUGUGUAUAAAAAAAUGAAAUUUAAAUUAAAGAUGGAUUUUAUCCAUUAUUAAGUAUUUAAGUAUUCAGAGAUGAAUUGGAGGUAUUAAUUUUUAAUUUGGUAUAUAUUUUUAUUUUGUGAUGGAAGAUAGUGGAAUUGACAGUGACCCAAAAACUACUAAUCAUGUAGAAGAUGAAAGAAUUUUUUUGGGAAGCGAUAGCAGUUGUAGUAGCAAUCAGACACAAACAUCUCAGCAUAAUUCUACUACUAAACAAUUACAAAAGAAACUUGAGGCACGGAUUGAACAAGCUAAACGUAUUCAACGUAAUUCAGAUUAUGUAAAAUUGCCAAAAUAUGAUAAGAGUUGUGGGGCUGCUACGAGUGCUGCUGGUUUGAUUUCUAUUCAAAGACUUCCUGUACCAAAUAAAAAUAAAGAACAUCUUCCUCUUGUUGAAUAUUGGCAUAGUGAUAGUGAAAGUGAAGGAGAAAUGACACUUUUUCGAACAACUAAAUCAAAAGAUUCUUCUAAACAUAAACAAGAUCUUACUGAUACAUUUAGUAUUGAAGAAAUGAGUGAAGAAAGUGAAGAUUCUUUGAACUUAGGACCUGCACAACCAUCUCCGGAGCUCAAAUUUAUGAAAUCUUAUAAGUGCACUGGUGAUUGCUUUCGUUGUCAAUGUCAUAUAUUAUAAUUUGUUGUAUAUAUGCCUUAAGAUGUUAUGUUAUAAAUUAUUUAUUUUUUAUGUAUUAUUAAGUUAAUCUUUCAAAGUUUCAUGUAAUUAUAUAAUGAGAUUUUAUAUAUUGAAUCAUGAAAAUUAAAUAUAUCAGAUAUUUACAGUAUGUAAA